GUUACCAUUCGUGUUUAGAAUUGUUUACAUCUCUAUGGAGGAGACGAGAAGAUGUUGAACUUUAAGUUAAUUAUCUGCUUAUUUUUGUUUCACUAUUUUGUAAAUGGUCAUCUAGAAGACAUAUUCCACGCAUACCAGAUCAUCACAUCUAGUGAUGUUCAAGUGCACUCCCUCUCAAGACGAAGUGUAGAGGAGCGUCAAAUAACCAAGGAGGUCCAUGUGUCACUUUUUGGCAAGAAUUUCACAAUCACUGGUAAGCCUAGUCGGAUAUUCAGUCCAGAUUUCCAACUUCUCGUUGUCAAUGGCGAUGGUACAGCGGAGGAAGUGUCAGACUUCAGGAAAGAUGGUUUCUUGACAGGUCAAGUAGUGGGUGAUCUAUCCUCUCAGGCCUCUUUCCACAUUGAUGACGACGAUGUAAUCACGGGUGUCUUCAUCACAAAGGGGACCGAGUAUGUUCUAGAGCCCUUGUCAAACCAUGUUGGUAAAACCGAGAAGUCUUAUGCUGAGUCAGCCAUGAUAGGCUAUAGACGUGAAGAUAUCAAGUCAGACAAUCACCCCUUGUGUGGAGCAGUCCACCCAGAAGAUGAAGGUUACACGCAACCAGAUGAUGUGGAAAACAAACAAUUCAAACACGAUGGUCGAACAAAGCGGGCGAUCGGUAACAAGAUCUGUAAGAUAGUGGCGGUGGCAGACUAUCGGUAUUAUCAGCAACAAGGAAGGGAGGUCUUCAAGACAGCUAAUAACAUUGCCAAUAUUAUGAGCAAGGUCAACCAAGUGUACAGUCAAACUCAGUUCAGAGGUGGGAAAGGAUAUGGCUUUGAGUUCAGCAAGUUAAUUAUUCACACUGCGGCCUCCACAACCCAGUCUGACCAACAGACGUACCCAUACAACAUUCCGAAGACCAACUGGAGAACUCAGGAGCUCCUUGAUGCUCUGAGUUCUGCCUCUGUACACUCUGGCUCCUGCCUCACUCACCUGUUCACUGCGACCGCCAUGUCAGAACGUGUGCUAGGGCUGGCCUACAUCGCCAAGCCGGGAAAGACUGGUGGAAUAUGCUCUCCAAGGGUCUCGUACAAUGGUGUUCUGAAGGCGUUCAACACUGGCUGGUCCACGUCGCUGAAUGGUGACGGACAGACAUUGACGUUCCUGCAACAGGCACUGGUGACUGCUCACGAGUUUGGUCACAACUGGGGCAGUGAGCACGAUCCGUCCAGCGGAGACUGCGCGCCGGGCACCAUCCUGGACGAUGGGAAGUAUCUCAUGUUUGCCUACUCAGUGACUGGCGAGGAUUCCAAUAAUGAAUUGUUUUCAUCAUGCAGCAUCAAUUAUGUCAACCAAGUCCUUGCCACUCAGUCUGUUUGCUUUACAGAGGCGACACCGUACAGCCCGUGUGGUAACGGUCGCUUGGAGACAUCGCUAGGAGAGCAGUGUGACGCAGGCUUCCUGGGAUCAGUGGACCAGGACGUCUGCUGCACCAGCAACUGUAAACUCCGCCCAAAUGCUCAGUGCAGCCCCUCCAACCAGGCCUGCUGUACAUCCAGCUGUUUUCUGGCGCCCUCUACCAUGACCUGUAGAGGUGAAGUGGAGGGAACGUGCAAGGCCAGACAAAACUGCUCGGGUACAAGUUAUGACUGCCCACUGUCAGGUAACAAAGCUGAUGGCACGGACUGCCUCGAUGGGGGCCAAUGCCUGUUUGGUGAAUGCAAAACAUUUUGUGAAUACAGAAACUUCAAUUCUUGUGUGUGUGAUACAGUGGAGACGUCGUGCAAGCGUUGCUGCCGUGACGUGAACAGUGGCCGGUGUAAAGUGAUGGACCAAGCACUCAAUGUGGCCAAUGGGCGCUCAUGUAUUCAGGGAUACUGCACAGCAGGAGUGUGUAUCAAGGUGGAAACCGACCUGAUUGCUCGUCUGUGGAACCUCAUCGAUCAGAUCAGCUUUGAUUUCUUAGUUGAGUCCUUCAAGACAAAUAUGGUUGCGUGUAUAACUGGCUUCUCCCUCAUUCUCUACUUUCCAAUCUGUGUUGUCAUUUGGUGUUACGAUCGUAGACGCAAGAACAAGUGGGAAAAAGAGUUUACGGCUCACAUUAGAACUGACCGAGGCUUGGCGCAUGACGAGAACAAGCGCCCAAUAGUACGUCCCGGUCAACCCGAGGCCCCAGCGAAGCUCAAUGCCAGUGACCUUCUGGAUCACAGCUCGUACCGCCGACCCAACAGCCGAAACCAGGUUCAACCCGUGGGCAACCUGCCAUCAUGGAGUAAAGCGUAAAACAUGCGCUGCAACCAGUUUCAUCCUAUGGGCAACCAGCAAGCAUUGUUUCCAGCAUAAAAUAGCAUUUUUGCAUAUGUUUUAUGUAUGAAAGACAGAUUUGCAGUAACUUAGAAAAAUGUUUUCUUUUUUUUCUUUAAAUUUAUUGCAUCUUCAGACAUUGUUUUUUUAAAUAAUCAUAAUAUGUUGUUGUUGUUUUUUUAACAAAUUGUAUUAUUUGUGGGUUUUAUUGUGGGUUUUUAAUCUAUUUUAUGGGCGUUGCUGUUGCAAUUGCCCAAAAUUAAAAAAAGUUUCCCAAUCAUAAUACCUGGAUUGAAGUGUGCUGUAAUCAAAAUAUGCGAAGGAAUUUGCAUUUUGUUUUUAAUGAUGAAUGCUUAGGAUUUUGCAUUUUGUUUUUAAUGAUUUCAUUUUUGUAGAAGUGCAUGUUGAACUGUUUUUCAUCCUUUUAAAAUUUAAACGAAGGGAGAAAAUCAAUACCAUAAAUAAAAAGUAUUUGUUUUCAUUAUAUUACAUGCUUUAUCUACUCAUAAUCAUGGAAAAUUAACGUUUUGGAAUUCCAUAUAUUAAUUGCUUUGAUCUCAUGUUACCAGUAAUUAAAAAGGUCAUCUAUGAAAAGUACUUACUGCUGUGAUAUUUACUAGAUAUGAGCUUGUUUAUUUAUAUCUACACUGUAUACAUAAUGUACAUAACACAAUUAUUAUGUUUGGAGCUUUUUCUUAGCAUUUGAUAGCAUUUACAUCUCAAAUUUAUAUGUCUCCUUUAAAUGUAAUUUUAUCUUUAAACUUGCUUUAGCAUUAAUUCACUUUUGUGAAAAAAUGUGUACAACUGACCCUUUAUACAUGAAAGUAAGAAAUGUUUGUCAGUAUCUUUUCAUUUUAUGUUUAUGCAAAUGAAAUUUUUAUUCAUAUUUUAAGUGUUAAUCACACAGGUGUUUAGCGAGUGGCCAAGUCACUUGAACACUAUCAGUAUGUGUUAAAACAACAUUUUUCAUCAUUUUGACAUUUUUUUUUUUUAAUUCUGAUCUUUUUUUGUCAAAAUGAUGAAAAAAGUUGUAAUAUGACAUAUUGAUAGUGUUAAAGUGACCUGGCCACGCACCUAACACCUGUGGUUUCUCAUUGUGAUAGUUUUUAUCUUUUUGGAAUACCAUAUGGUGAUAUUUAUUGUUGUGUUUUAAUACUCAGAUUUUUUAAUUAUUUUUAAUAUAUGUAUAUGGUUACUUUUUCUGUUUGUUAUAAGCUGUUUAAUAUAAGCAUAAUACAUUACAUUUUAAGCCCGACUAUUAUAUCUAUAUGAAAUAUAUAUAGUAGAGCUAUCCUACUCACCCUGGCGUCGGCUUUCCCGUUAGCAUAACAAUGUUAAAGUUUGCGUACCACCUCAAAUAUUUCCUAUGUCCUUUCACAUAUUGCUUUUAUAUUUUGCAUACUUCUUUACCAACAAGACCCCAAUCUAUAAACAAUAGCAAACAACUGUAUCAAGCAUUUUGUAAGAAUUAUGGCCCUUUUUUCACUUAGAAUAUGCAUAUUAUUGAUAAAUCUAUGUUAAAGUUUGCAUACCACCUCAAAAAUUUUCUAUGUUCUUUGACAUAUUGCUUUCAUAUUUUGCAUACUUUUUAACCAACAUGAUCCCAAUCUAUAAAUAAGAGCAGACAACUGUAUCAAGCAUUUUGACAGAAUUAUGGCCCCUUUUAUACUUAGAUAAUUGAACAUUUGUUUAAGUUUUGUGUUUUGGUCCAUUUUACUCCUAAAGUAUCAUAGCUAUUGCUUUGUAUACUUGGAAAACUCGCUAAUUAUUGUAAGGGGACUGUACAGGUCAAGUUGCAUAACUCUGGUUGGCUUUUAAACGGAAUUAUGGCCCUUUUUUGUCUUAGUAACUUUGAAUAUUUUGUUAAAUUGUGUGUUUCGAUCCACUUUACUUCUAAAGUAUCAAGGCUAUUGCUUUCAAACUUCAAAUACUUUCUUACUAUCAUGAUGUUAUUGUACCUAGCAAGUUGAAUUUGACCUUGACCUUUAAAUGAACUUGACUCUCAAGGUCAAAUUAAUAAAUUUUGCUUAAAUUUCCAUAACUUCUUUAUUUAUGAUCACAUUUGAUUCAUACUCUGACAAAACAACACUUACCUGACAUACCACAUUGGACUCCACCCAAACCAUCCCCCACGCCCCACCUCAGAAUCCCCCCCCCCCCCCAAAAAAAAAUUUUUUUUUUUAUUUUUUUUUCAUAUUUCAUCUAUUAAAUGACCACACACCCUCAUUAUACCCCCUCUCCAUGAUGGCUUACGUUAUAUUGUCAAGCACUAGAAUAGUCGAGCGCGCUGUCCUCUGACACCUCUUGUUAUUUUUUAGAGAUUAGACUUUCAAUUUGUAUUACAUUCCCAGUUAUGCUCAUAUUUCAUUUAUUUAUUUUCAAUCAGCAGUGCAUCACAAUAAUUAAAGAAUACCAUAUCUGCAUAGCUAAAUAUAAUUGUAGGUUGCUAAAUAUUAAUACAGGUAUGAUGAAAAAACUAUUGAACAAAAUCAAUCAAACUGUAUAGGAAACCAUUCAAAUAAUAAGAUGGUUAUAUUGGACGAAAAAUAAGUAAGAUCUGAAUAAUAUUAAGAAUGCUGUGUCAUUAAAUUAUGUUUACAGGAUAGCUACUUACGAUAUAAUUUACAAGUGUUUGUAUACUCCCUGCAGCUAAAAUUAUAAGCAUGCAUAAUGUUGCUGAAAAAUGAUAUGGUUUUGGUGGACAACCAUGUAAGCUAUUUACCGCUGGGUUGCUAAAAAACUUAUUGGUAUAUGUUUUUGAUGUUUAACCAUGUAAGUUAUUUACGGUUAGAUGCUGAAUAGUUCAUAUUUGGUAUAUUGCAUGCUAGGUUGAAUAUUAUUAUUAAUGCUGUAUGGGGCAGUUUAAAUACUAAUCCUAGUGUUUGAUAAGAGCAGACUACGCACUGGGGUUUGAGCAUGAAAUAGUUGCAUAUACUAAACCAUUUUGAUGACAAUCAUCAGAAUAAAGGCGUUAACAAACUUGUUUCCUUCCAUUUAACUGUCCAAUAAUGAUGUUUGUAUCAACCCCACGCUUUUUUGUUUUGGAGGUUAAGUUUUUGAUAUUUUUUUCCAUAUUCAAUGCUUUUUGCUAAAGUAACAUUGAAUUAAUUAAAAAUACCUUAAAAAGAUGAUUGAAUAGAGGUUUGGAAGAUUUCUGCAUAUCAUUGCAAAUUUUUAUUUAAUUGGGAAAAUUAGGAAUUGUUAAAAAAAGUUAUCUACAAAAAAAGAUCCCCCUACAUAAACUACUUUUUAUGCAAAUAUUAUUGGAAACAAAUAACUUUUUUUGCCUAAUAAUUCUUUUUUAAUUUAAUUUUAUUUUAAAUUUGUCAAAAUUGUAAUAUUUUAAAUGUUACAUUACAUUUCACUUUAAACAAAAAAAAAGGUUAUAUAUUACAAAUUUGUUUUAGCAAUUUCUAAACCUGUUCUGUUUGUCAAAGAAAGUGUGUACUAAUGUAAAAUUGGUUAAUUCGUUGUUUCUGUUAAUACUUCAAUGUAGCAGUAGAUUGUAUUAUGUUUCUUCUUUUAAAAUAAUAAUUGUUCUGUGUUGUUCUAAAUUAGAUUUUACAAUAAAAUAUAAAAGCACGAAAA